AUGAGCGACCCACUCGCACCCGACGCACUCGUGCAGCUCGCACGCUCACUCGCCAGCCCCAACGCGCAGCUCUCGACGCCUGCGCAAGCACUCGCACUCCUCAUCCACGCAAUCCAUUCGGCGCUCUCUUUCCGCCUCGUACAGCCCAAGCCAGACGCGGAGGAGGAGGCAGGAACGAGCGAAGGGCAGCAACAGGGCGAGCAGGGCGGGCAAGGGGGCGAAGGAGUCAAGAAUCGCCUCCCUCGAGACUGGCCGCCAGAGGAGGGCAAGGGCGAACUCAAGCUCAAGUACAGGCACGAGCAGAGCAGCAUGGAGUUUGUCGUCUCCGUCGUCGACCUCGGAGGCAGGCUGCUCGUCGCAGGCGCAGCUGUAGACAACCCCGCUCGUUCGUCCACCUUCGACCUUGUCACGAACGACUACUUCUCCCCGACCGCCCUCUCCUCCUCCUCGCCUCUGUCCCUCUCCUCCCUCUCCCCCUCCCUCCCGUUCUCUGCCCCGAACCGCCUCGCAGACCUCAUCCUCCUCUACCGCCUCAACAUCCUGCAGAAGCUCGUGCCAGGACUGAGGAAGGAGGGGUACACCGAAGUGUCGGAGCGGGACGCGCCACGCACGGGAAGCGGGGCGAGCACGUCUGGCGGCGGCGGAGGAGGAGGAGGCGCACCGAUGGGCGGCUACCUCCCCGACCGCGGCGGUCCAAUGGGCAUGUUCCCACCCUCGAACCCGUCUCCCUCGCGUCCGACUCCCUCACACCCCGACCCGGGCACGAACGACCCGCUCCGCAUCCCCUUCCGUUCUCCUCCUCCUCACGCCCCGCUCGCCGACAUCGGUCGCCGCGACCUCGAGCCUCUCGGCGGCCUGCCCGGGACGUUCCCUCGCCUCCCUGGCUUCCCGGGCACUCCAUCGCUCGGAGACCCCGACGCAGGCGGGAUGCUAGUUGGCCCGAACCACCCUCUCUUCCGCGACCGGUUCCCUCCUCCCGAGGGCGGUGAAGGAGCAGAGGGAAGGAGGUGGGGAGGAGAUGGGUACCUCCCGCCGAUUGGGGCGCCGCCUGGUGCGAGGUUUGAUCCGGUUGGACCGGGGAAUGGGCCGCUGUUCGGGGGCAUUGGUGGGCAGCCUGGAGCGGGAAGAGGAGGUGGUGGGAUGGGCAGGGGAGGGGGAGGGAUGGGAGGCGUGCCGCGGGUGCAUCCGGAUGUCGAGCGGCCUGGUUCGAAUAGCGAAUGGCACAACUCGAUGUUCGGCUAA